CACACUGUUGGACAGAAGUUUAACCAGUCAUUAGUUUGUAAGACAUCCACACACAUUAGAGAUGGAUAGUGUAUUUAAUUUUGUUAAGAGUUUUAUCAAAGCUAAAAAAGUUGUCAUUGACAAUAUUGGUAGUCGCAUCCAUCACAAAGCAAGCGUUGUCUUGUUACUGGCAUGCAGUAUAAUAGUAACGGCUAAGCAGUACGUGGGAGAUCCGAUAGACUGUAUAGGAAUAUCUAAGAAAGACAUUCCUACAGACCUGCUUGAUACCUACUGUUGGAUCCACUCAACGUUCAGCGUUGAGAAAGGAUGGAACAAGACGGUCGGAAAAGAAGUACCUUAUCCUGGUGUAGACAAGUACACAGAAGGAGAAAAACGGAUUCACCAUACGUACUAUCAAUGGGUAUGUUUUAUGUUACUAUUGCAGGCAGGUAUGUUUUAUGUUCCCCACUGGUUCUGGAAGGCCAUGGAAAAUUCUCGCGUCAAGAACCUCAUGUUGGGAUUAAACUCUCCAAUUUUACCGGAAGGUGAAAGGAACGAAAAUAAAAAACUGUUGGUAAAAUAUUUUAAAGAAAACAAAGACAACCACGUCUUAUAUUUCACAAGCUUUGUUAUUUCGGAAGUGUUAAACUUUAUAAAUGUUCUUGUUCAAAUAUUUCUUAUGGACGAGUUCCUUCAGGGUGAAUUUUUAAGCUAUGGCCACCAGGUGGUCCAGUUCAAGGACUGGGACUGGUCAGCUAACUACAAUCCCAUGUUAAAGGUGUUCCCCAGAAUGACCAAGUGCACGUUCCACACGUACGGUUCCUCAGGAGAUGUUCAACGCCAUGAUACAUUAUGUGUUCUUCCAGUUAAUAUAAUUAAUGAGAAGAUUUACGCCAUUUUAUGGUUCUGGUUCCUCAUUGUAACACUUUUGACAGGACUUGCUCUUGUUUACCGUUUUUUUACUAUAGUGUUUCCUUUGAUGCGUUAUAGAAGUCUAUUUCUGAGGAAUCGACAGGUUAAUCAAGACCGCCUAUGGUCGGUGGUCCAGAACUUCGGGAGGGGAGAUUGGUUUCUGUUAUGCUUAUUAGGGGAAAACAUUGAUGAAACAAACUUCAAUGAGUUAAUUUCGGAUCUGGCCGAAGACUUCAGUAAAACGGAAAAUCGUAAACUGGUUUAAUUUGUUACUCAAUGCUAGCAGAAUAACUUUGUUAUUGAUACUUCAUACUAACUAAUAUCCAAUAAUGCGUAAAAUAAAAUUAAUUAAAGCCCUAAAAUAUAUUGUUGUGGAGUACAACAUAUUUUGAAAUAUAAUAGCAAGUUUUACUGUUUUCAUUGAUAGUUACUUUACUUUGGUUUGCCUGCUUAAAGUCAAUGUUCAUUAAACAGUAAUUUUAGUAAUAAUAUAAGUCACUGCUUCUAACACAUGGCUAAGAUGCUAGGCCGAUUGUUUUUAAUGUAAGAAGUUUAGUUUGGUGGAAAUUUUAUAUUACGUUUAUUUCCUUAAAAGAGGGCCAAAGGCCGCCUAGAGGGGUCACCUGUUUUAGUAACUUGCAUCAUUAUACAUUAGUGUGUCGUCUGUCAGUCAGUCAGUAUAACUAAAAUGACGUCAUAUAAGAGACGCUUAACGUUGCAGUUUGCACUGUCGUGACGUCAGUAAAAUGUGCGCAUGCCAUGAAUCACGAGAAGAAUUAUACACUCUGUAGCAUGACAUAUGAACUCCAAUUUGUUACUCUUAAUUUUGGUUUUAUUUACUCUUGAAAAAUAACACUUUCUUGGACUCUGCGAAAGUAUAUUUAGUUUAAAAGUUGUUUUAGCAAGAAUGUAAAAUUUUAUCUCCUAUGAAUUGUAAGUUAAGACAAUGCA